AUGGAAUGGAAUGGAAUGUUUCACAGGGAUUAUUCCUUGGAGUUUUUUGUUUUGUCGGGUAGUUCAAGAUCUAUGGUGAAACAGUGUGGAAUUCGACCAUUGUGUGUUCCAUUUGACAUCACGCAAAGCUUAAAUGAAGAAGUAAUAAGCAGAGAAGUUAAGAGAGCUUACCAUGACUUUGAAUACAACAGAGUUCCAAGGGAAUACUGGCUUCUUCGCCACUAUGCUCAUCCUCUUGACUGCCUUGGAUUUCCAUCAAAACAACCAAGGAUUUCUGAGUGUCAUGAUGGACAAUUUGGGGAACCUAUUCCACCACCUUAUUGUGCUGAUAGUGUUGAUGAAAUUCAAAUGGAACACACCAGCAUUGAUGAUAUUCAUGCUGAAGUAUUUGUUUAUUUUGGCCUUAAUGGUAGUAACCACAACCAACCACGUGAUUUGCGGCAUUUAGCCCAACUGCUUCUGAAUGAGUACUGCUACUUUGGUGAGAGCUUGCCCGCUGGAAUAUCUUUUAAUUCAUGA